AUGUCUAGAAAGAGGGGCCUUUCUCUAGAAGAAAAGCGCCAGAAAAUGAUGGAGUUUUUCUACGAGAAGGUAUUUCCUGAUCUAAGUGUGUCAAAUUUGCAGUCCGACUUUUUCACACUUAAAGAAUUGGAGCGUCUGUGUCAGAAAGAGAAGGGUAUACCGUCAAUGACGGUAAAAGAUGUGCUAAUGGGCCUAGUUUACGAUUGCAUGGUUGACACCGAUAAAAUUGGCACAUCUGUUUAUUUUUGGGCAUUCCCCAGUAAAGCGGCCCAAAGCGUACCCUGACUUCGCUACUUACGAGACUUAUACAUAGAGACGGAAAAAGAUAGAAGAGCUGCAAAAUGAUAUAGGAAAGGCGACUUCUCGUCUCCAUGCGUUAAACGAAUGCCUUUCUAAGUCCCGGAUCGGAAAAGAGGAGACGGUUUGUCUUUCUACUUCUUUCGUCUUAUUUGCAGGCAGAAAGAAACGAAGCACUCGCCUUAUUAUGCGCCAAUAAAGAGUCUCUGGAAAAACUUAACGCGAAACUUGCAACAUUGAAGAAGUUCCAUCCCAGUCGGUUAAACGAAUUAAAUGUAAGAACUGAACAAGCUGUUGAGUCUGUAAAUCGGUGGACCGGUACGUUUCUUUUCAAAUCUGUACGGUGCUCGCAAAGUGUCGGAUAUCGGCAUGCGUUUUGGUCGUUCCGUAGACGUUUUUCGAGGCUCCACUAGCGGAGACCGUACACUUUGUCUGACGAUAAGCCGCCCUUUAGAGCAUUCAAACUUUUCCUUAAGGGUGAAACUGAUUAUUCUUCGAACACACGUUGACAUUUCGAAGUCCUCGUACAGGAUUUAUAAGCAGUCCUUACAUAAAUACAACAGACGGUAGGCUUGCUCAUACAUAAGCCAUGUUUUACUUUCAUGUACCAGUACAUGUUCCUUCACAUUGAAUUAUUUUCCGGUGCAAUCCCACCUGUCCGUCCCCUUUACCUUCGGCCCUCGGUGGCCGUUAUAAUGAGCACACCUGCGCUUGCUAACUACUGUCGCUUGGUUGACUUGCGGUCCAUUUCGUAACCCGUACCGUGAUAUGCUCUGUUCUUUUGUGUUUGAUGAUUUAUUUUACUUUUUUAGAUAAUGUUUUCCAGUUAAAAUCUUGGCUUCGCGACAAAUUUGGCGUCGACGAAGACAUUCUUUCGAAGCAAUUUUCAAUUCCGGAAGAUUUCGAUUACUUUGAAGUCUGA